GACGUAAACCUACCUCAACGAAUAUUCAAUAACCUCAAGAAUCCCAGGAACCCAUCCGUCCAUAAUAAUAUCCCAGCGAUUACCAGUAACAUUACAACUAAAAUUUAUCGAAUACAAAAGCCCGAGGGCUCUCACAAUAAUUCAAAAAAAAAAUCACGCCGUGCCUUCGCCAGUGUUCAAUUCCCCCAGGUCCUAGACAAUUAUCAGUAUUCGAAGCUGAAAAUUCUAUAUUUAUAAUAUAAACAGCCCUUUGCCAUCGACAAAACCGCUUAAUAAUAAAGUGCCUGAAACACCGAUCGUCAGUUCAACACAAAAAAUCGAUAAUUAUUAAAGUAAAUUUAGAUAAUCUCCUAUCGCUGAAUAAUCAAAUGCAAAAAGUGUGAUAAUCCAAAGUGAUAUUGAUUUUGAUUAACGGGAAUUCUCGACGUAAAACGCUCCAUCCCGAGUCCCGUCAAAAGUUAUUGUUUACAAUCGAUUGAAAUCACUAUUUACCCGUGAAUGGUGAGGUCAUCGAGUGUCACACAGCUACAACUACCUCAAGCACCGUGAGAGUCAGUCUGAUGUGAAAUUAUCAUCACUGAGUGAAACUGAAAGCUCUGCAUGCGGGUGGUUAAUAUCGAUCUCUCGAAAAAUGAGUGCAGAUGCAGGUGGUGGCGCAGACGCGGAAAAUGCAGUGGUUCCGCGCCGGAAUUUUGGAGAUCUUGCCCGCUUCUGGAUAAACUCAAUUCGCUUGGCAUAUUUCAGUAGAGAUAGAGAUGAUCCGGGGGGUAUUCUGACGUGUUACGAGAGUGAUUCGGAGGUGUGUAUUUUUCAAGUAAAAAGUGGAAGUGCAACUGAUGGUGUCGACGAGUCUGGUGUUGCCGUUAUGGGCAAUUUGCAGAGUGAUGGGAAAAAAAGGGGGAGGAAGGGGGGUGAGGAGCAAGUGCAGCAAGCGAAGGCCACUUUUGACAAGGUCCACACCCCAGCUAAGAGACAGGCACCGUUACCACCGGGUCAAUCUACUGUCCCUAAGGUUCAGCGCACUCCAACGAAGCCACCACCACCAGCUCCACCUCCAUUGAACCAAAAAUCUGACCCCAAUGAUGAAAAAUCAGUGCCGGAAGUGGAAAAUCAGAAGGACGAAGGGGCCCUGGUUACAUCCGGCUCUCCACUUCCACCUGAUGGUGAAUCCGUGGGUGCUGGGGCACCAUCGGCAUUGGCCACCUCCGCCACAGUCGUUACGGAUACCGCCAGUGUCCCGUCACUCGGUGUACUGCCAGUACCAACAGCGGGACCACCGCUUCUCGUCACCGACUCUUGGCGUCGUGCUAAUGCCAGUCAUCCCGUUGCUCAUGACAUACCAACACCAACUAGCCCGGAAUCAUCCAGUGAGAGUGUGUUUACGGAUCCUGAGGAGGCCGGCAUGGUGGCCGAUGCCAACGAAGACACUCCAAAGACCAUUUUAUUCGCCACUCCGGUGACGCUUAAGAGGAGAGAGUCGAGCACCCGGAGGGAGAGUAAUUUUCAUUUGACGGAGUAUCGAAAAAAUGCAACACCGGAAUUACGGAGUGUCACGCCUUAUCGGAGUACUAUUGAAAAAACACCCAAUGACAGGACGAGAGCUGUGAGCUUCACCUAUGGGAAUGCAUCCAAGGACAGGAGGAAAUUAAGCCCCUCGACACCGAGAGCUGCGCCCCAACUUGCUCAACAUUUCGACGCAAAACAUCUUGUGGAUCUUCUGACAACUAGCAUACCCGAUCAUAUACGCUCCGAGGUAUCAGACGCAGUACUUAAUAAGGUUGUUACCGCUUUGUGUAAUGAGCUGAUGAAAACUGGAUUACCAACAUCUCCAGAGAAAAAACCAGCGAAGGAAGACAAAGCAACCGACCCCACAAACUCCCGGACUCCUCACUCCCCUACGCCGCAGAAGAAUGGCAACUCACGCACCCAGGAGCAUGUCCAGAUCCUGGAGAACGAGAAUUCAAGAUUGCACCAGGAGGUGGAGAAGCUCCAGAAAAAGAUCGAGGAGCUGGAGCGCUGUAAGAAGUCGAAGGAUUUCCUCAAACCCUCAAUUUACACCAAAUCGAGUUCGCCGAAGCUCGACAUUGAUGAUUCAUCAAACCCCCAGACUUCGAGUGACUUUGUAGAGAGCGGUAGAUUCACAGUGAGUAGUAUGGACAUUUCUCCGAUUACUAGCAACAUCAGCAGUGCACUAUCAACAACAGACUCCUCUCUGUCGUCGACGAGCGACUUCCUCAAGCUCUCCAACGAGACAAAAUACAAAUCAUUCCUGCCUCCAGAGCUACAUGAAGUCGACGAGAAAAACCCCAACGCAGGAAUCCCUGAACAUCAAUCGGAAAUCCUGGAACUGGCUUCCACCGACGUGAGGAAAAAACUAGUCUUCCACGAGACUUCUCAGCACUAUUCACCAAGUGAGGAAGUGACUUCAGACAGUGAGAAAAAUCAGUUAAAUGGUAAUCAGACAAGCAUGAGUGAAAGUGCAUCAGAAAUUCCAAAGAAAGAUCUCUUCAUCAUCCCUCCACCACCACCCCCACCACCCUUACCUGAUUCCCCUGUAUUUACACCCCAAGAAUCAUCUGCACAGCAUAGAAUUAAUGGAUUACCACCACCACCACCUCCACCUCCUCCUCCUCCGCCCCCUGAAUUAUUCAAUACAGAUUUAACUCCCUCAAUUCCAUGUCCCCCUCCUCUCCCGCCCCCCGUGCUUGACCUGGGCGUAUCUCCCAGUCCUCCCCUAGGACUCCCUAAAAUGACAGAUCCUCUUCCGCCUCCUCCACCACCCCCUCCUCCCCCUCAUCAUCCAGCCCAUCUUGGAAUAUCAAACUCACCCCCUUCUCCUCUUCUUGGACAAUCCUGUCCACCGCCACCACCUCCUCCGCCCCUUCCAGGAAUGAUAAGCUCUCCUCCUCCUCCUCCUCCUCCACCUCUUGCUGGAAUGGCAGGUCCACCUCCCCCUCCUAUGCCAGGAAGUGGUCCCAAAUCUCCACCCCUACUAGGUCUAAUAGGCCCAUCCCCAGCCCUAUUAGCAAGCCCCUCAUCUCUACCCCCACCGCCUCCAGGUGGCUGGAAUCCCCCAGCAAGAGCAGUCAUGCGAAAACAACCCCUAGCUCCAGAAGUGCCAAUGAAACCCCUGUACUGGACGAGAAUAGUUAUCCCUGCCAACACAACACCAACAAUUCCAGCGACAUCACCAGAUGCUCCCCCCCAGGUGCCCCUCUGGAUUGAAAUCGAGGAGGAGAAAAACGUCAACAUAAAGGAAUUUGUGGAUUUAUUUUCACGUCAAGUUGUCGAGAGAAAACCAGCGAUAAAGCGAGAGGAGUCUGACAAACCAUCGAAAAUUCAACCAGCCAAGAUUCUCGAUCCAAAACGAUCCAAACACGUGGGCAUCCUGGAAAAGAGUCUUCGAGUGGAGUUUAGUGAAGUUGAGAAUGCUGUUUACAAUCUUGAUACCAAUAUUAUUAGCCUCGAGGCACUCAGGCAGAUCUACGAGGUGAUGCCGACGAGCAAGGAGAUGGAAGACAUCACAACACAUGAGAGAGACCAUCCUGACAUACCCCUGGACCGUCCAGAGCAAUUUCUGAAGCAGUUGUCGACAAUCAAGUGCUUCACGGAGAGAAUAGCCUGCCUGAUGUUUCAAUCGGAGUUCCAUGACGUAAUUUCUGGGGUUUCAACGAAAUUGACGAAUUUACGGGCGACGUGUGAGUUUCUGCAAAAUGCUCCGUCCCUCAAGAGAAUUAUGGCACUAAUACUGACCCUUGGGAACUACAUGAAUGGGGGCAAUAGGAUGAGAGGACAGGCCGAUGGAUUCGGCCUCGAAAUAUUGGGAAAGUUGAAGGAUGUAAAGUCCAAAGUGCCUGGAGUCACUUUGCUUCACUACGUGGUGAAGGCCAGGCUGGAGCAAGAGGGGAACUACAAUCUGGAGGAGAUGAUCCCACUGCCUAUUCCGGAGCCUGGAGACAUCGAGGCUGCAGCUGGCAUUGACUUCGAGGACAUAACGAAGGCACUGGAGAGACUGGAGAACGAGAUAAAGACGUGUGAGAGACAUUCGACGAUUGUUAUCAACAAUUGUCCAGAGAAUUCCACUGCGUUUAGAGAGAAAAUUGAGGGGUUCUUGGGCAGUGCCAAAAGUGAACUGACGAAUGAAAAGGAAAAUCUCCUGGAGGCCAGGGCCAAGUUCAAGGCCGUUAUGCAUUUUUAUCAGUAUGUGCCUAAGGGAGCCACUAUUGACAAUGCCGAUCCCAAAGAUUUUUUCCUCCUCUGGUUGCCCUUCUGCAGUGAUUUUAAGGACAUCUGGAAGAACGAGCAACAGAGACUGAGGAAAGAGGGAAUGGCCAUUCUAAGGAAGAAACUGGCACGGACCCGCAAGGUCGAGACCAUGACCGUUGAGCCCGGUGGUCUUAAGGCGAAAUUUUUAAGACUUAUGGAGAGGGACAACAGAUAGUUCAGAGCUUAAUUGGUAAUCUAUGAUGGAUGCACAAAUUAUGGAACGUUGGAAACGUUUAUAUAUUUUAUUUCUACGUUGUGAAUUGCCACAGGUGGUGGAGUGAUGUUGAUUAGUGGAGAGAUUGAUGAUGUGUUUGAUUGAUUCUGUUGAAUGCUUCCGUGGUUUUAGGGGGGUUCAUUGGAGGUACAAUGUUAACAGACAAUCUUUAUGAUUAUUAUUAGUCCAGAGAAUCGUUUGUAAAGUCUAGAUAUAGAUUUAUGUAAAUUAUGAGAUGAUGAAGUAUGUAUUAUUUAUUAUAUUGUCGCACGAAUUGUUUCCAUAUUUGUUAAAUUAUUUUGAAUGAAAGAAAAAGACCAGUGA